AUGAAGUCCCACCUUUGUGAUUACUGUUUGAAGAAAGAAAGUAGGUCAAAUGAAUUUCAAAUAUGUUCGAGAUGUAAAAUUGUGCAUUAUUGUUCAAAGGAUUGCCAGAGGGAACAUUGGGUUGAACAUAAGACUCUCUGUACAUCCAUCAAGAACCUCUCAACAACUGCAGGUACAAUACCUGGUUUGGGAGAUUCCGCAGAUAUGAACAUGUUUGUCAGUCAUCUCACCCCAAAACAGAGAGAUGCCGUAGUUAAGCUUGUUGGGGAAAAGUGUCAAGUCAAAUGCCAACUCAAUGGUAAAGAAACGGAGAUACUUUGGGACACAGAGGCCCAGGUCUCAAUUCUACCUGAGAGAAUUUUGAAGGACAUGUUCCCAGCCAUUCCGGUUAAGGACAUACAUGAGCUUUUUGGUGCUGGAUCAGAUCUCAAGCUAGAAGCAUCCAAUGGAACACAAAUUCCGUACAACGGGUGUGUAGGAGUAAAUUUUAAGCUCUUUAACAAUUCAGCAAAAGAAAUUACAGUACCAUUUUUGGUCUCAAAUGAAGACCUUAACUGUCCCAUAAUUGGUUACAACGUAAUUGAACUUUUUGUGAAGGAUAAUGGCCCAGAAACGGCAUUGCCCGCUGUUGCAGAAAGUUUUGACAAUGUCAGUAACGCAGAGGCAAGUGCCCUAGUCAAUUUUAUGAUCAGCGAUCUAAGCGAAAGUCUUUGCGCAGUUCGAACAUCGAAAAAGAAAGUGGUUAUCCCUAGUGGCCAGACCAUGAAUAUUUCAUGCCGUGCAAACACUGGACCAAUAAGACGGCACAGUCCUGCAUUAUUUGAGACAGAUGAACAAACCCACAUGCCGAUAGGUCUAACAGUUCAAGAGGCUCUGACCACAGUGAAACAAGAGAAGUCUAGCUUAAUAGAUAUUCCAGUAACUAAUACAACACAGCACGAGAUUGUCUUACCCGGUAGACUAGUCCUUGGCAACCUAGAAUUGAUUCGCUCGGUUAUUCCACUUGAAGUCAAAUGA